GGAGGGGGAGGGUCGGUAGUGGUGAUGCGAGUCGCGACUGACGACGAGUCAGUUACCCUCGCGGUUCCGUGGUGAGAGGGUGUGUAUGUACGGCCGUCGUCGUGGCUGGACGCAACUGUGUUCCGCCAGUGGAUUAACGUCUCGAUGCGGUGAUGUGGUGAAUUGAUGAGUGGUCUUGUGUUCUCAGCGAAGGGAGUGAGCAGGUGGUGUUAUUUGUGGCACUUCAGCGGCGUUCUAAUUAACCGCAUAUCUUGUUAUUGAACGAUACAAGAGUAGAUGUGUGGAGUUGCCAUGUAACUUUGGGCAGCGGGGGUUUGAGACAGACUGGCUUGGGGGUUUUCGAAACGGCAAAGAUAGUGCCUUAUUUUAUCAAACUGCCGAAAACUUAGUGUACGUACCAUAUAUUGUUUAUUUAUUUCCUAACGAAAAGACAUUCAUUCAGUAAUAACCAUCACUUACCAAGGAAAAGGAAAAGCUUUAGUAGAGUGUUAUUUUGACAAGGCUUCGUAUAACACAAUGCAUCAAUUUAAACCUCUUGGUUCAAACUACAGCUGAGGAUCUUUGCAACGGACUCUCUUUUGUGUGUAUGCGUUAAAUGUGUUGGAAAUUGAACCCAAGUGAGUGCAACUGAAAGGCAACAGUUAUAUAAAGAAAAGAAUAUAAGAAAAUACAUGCACAGCCCUUCCACCCACACUGCGAGCGCCGAGUGUCACAAUCCUGGCGCCUUCUUAUAGUGGUCGAUUGGCAGUGUUGGUGAUGUCAUGAGCGGAGUCCACGUGCUACCGACGGCAUCGUAGCGGCGUGGGCGGCAUGUGGGCGGCGGGCGCGGUGUGGGCGGUGGCGCUGGGUGUGGUGUUAACGCCCACCGUUGCUAGCCUCGGCGGGCCCAACGUGUGUACUAAACAGGAGACGUACACAAGUUUUGUGAAUGUAUCCUACACAAAAGCAUAUAGAGUACGAACUUACACGUACUGCUUCAGCAUUCCGCCCAAGUGUUCCAAGUACAAGAUUGCGUAUAAGACUUCUUUCAAGACACAGAGCCAAACCAAAACCCGGACUGUGGAUGUGUGUUGUUCGGGCUUCACAAGAGUGCCAGCUGAAGACCGGUGCAUACCAAUAUGUUCCCAAGACUGCAUACAUGGGGUUUGUGUCAAACCAGAUGAGUGCCGUUGCGAAGCAGGCUACUCAGGCCCAAGCUGUAAUAUAAGCAACUUGAUGGAGUUUGGUAUUGACGACACAGUGCAUAAUGCCCUGGUCCCGUGCUCUGGCCCGCAGUGCUAUGUUUCCUGUCCAGAAGGGAAAUGGGGCAUGGGAUGCAUCCAUGACUGUCCCUGUUUACACGAGGGGAAAUGCGACCCACUGUAUGGGAAUUGUUCAUGUCAUGCUGGCUGGAUUGGUCCAUAUUGUGAAGAGAAAUGCCAGGAUGGGUAUUAUGGAGUGGAUUGCAAAGAUCGCUGUCGCUGUCAGAAUGGAGGGACUUGUGACCAUGUCUCUGGGGCAUGCCAGUGCUCCCCAGGCUGGACAGGACCCCUUUGUGAGAAGUCUUGUCCAGAAGGCACACACGGCACUGCCUGCAGUAACAAGUGUGCCUGUCAAAAUGGUGGACACUGUGACCCUGUCAAUGGGAAGUGUCAGUGUCCUCCUGGUUGGACGGGAGAUGUGUGUGCCAACCCAUGUCCUCAAGGCACCUGGGGACGGAACUGCUCAGAGCUUUGUGAUUGCUACAAUUCUGCAACAUGUGACCACAUAACAGGUCGCUGCAAGUGCCCUUCAGGAUAUGUAGGAAAUAAGUGUCAAGAGGAAUGUCCUUUAGGGACAUAUGGGGUUAACUGCACAGAAUCUUGCAACUGCCGCAAUGGGGCCACUUGUUCCCACAUCAGUGGAAGGUGUUUCUGCAAGGACGGAUGGCUGGGCACCGAUUGCUCAAUGCCAGCGUGUCCCCCAGAUCAGUUUGGAGCAGGAUGUUCACAAAUUUGUUCCUGUGAAAAACAUAACACUGAAAGAUGUCAUCCUUGGACGGGUGAGUGUGAGUGCAAAGCUGGCUGGGCAGGUGAGACAUGUAGUCGAGCCUGCCCCUUCUACAAGUAUGGAGAGAAGUGCCAAAACAGUUGCAACUGCAAGAAUGGGGCUUUUUGUGACCCUGUGGAUGGCACUUGCAUCUGUGCACCAGGGUACCAUGGAAAAGAUUGCAGUGACCAUUGCCCAAAACACAAGUAUGGUCAGAAUUGUGAACUGGAUUGUCGUUGUAAAAAUGCUCUUGGCUGCUCCCAUGAGAGUGGAAAGUGUAUUUGUAGUCCAGGUUGGGGUGGCCAGCAGUGUUCCUUAACAUGCCCACUAGGUUUCUAUGGUGGAAACUGCACUGAAGUGUGUGACUGCCAGAACAAUGGUUCUUGCGACCCAGUGACUGGAAAAUGCACCUGCGGCCCAGGCCAUUUCGGGGACAAGUGCCAAAAGACAUGUGAUCAGGGCUUCCAUGGUAUGGCCUGUGUUAAUCACUGUGCGUGUGUUGGACCCAAUGUUGAAGGCUGUGACCCAGUCACUGGUAGAUGCAUCUGCAAGCCUAGUUUCCGAGGUGUGAGCUGUGAAUCUAGAUGUCCCCGUGGAAAUUAUGGUGAAUCUUGCACAAAACGAUGCGACUGCAAGAACAAUGGGUCCUGCAAUUACCAGAACGGAAAAUGCAUCUGCGAGCGAGGUUGGCAUGGUGCCAAUUGCAACACUCCCUGUAGGCCUGGCAAAUAUGGGGUUAACUGCAACCAGAACUGCCCAUCUUGUGUGCAUGGUAAUGGUACAUGUGAUGCACAGGAAGGGACUUGUGUUUGUGCAGCAGGAUGGCGGGGAGCAAGAUGUGAUCGAACAUGUCCUUCUGGAUACUGGGGGUUUGGCUGUAAUAGUGAAUGCAGAUGUCGUAAUGGUGCAGAGUGUAACCCAGAAACAGGAGAGUGUCAUUGUCUUCCUGGUUGGAGAGGUGCAGACUGCUCACAACCUUGCCCUCCUGGGACCUUUGGUUACAAUUGCCUUCAAGCAUGUCAUUGUCGAAACCAUGCUUCUUGUAGAGGCAAUGAUGGUUUCUGUGAGUGCAAGCCAGGAUGGAUGGGACCAGGGUGUACACAGACUUGUCCAGAAGGUUAUUAUGGACGACAGUGCCUGAAUGUGUGCAAUUGCAGCACUGAUAAUUUCAUUUGUCAUCCUGUUGAAGGCUGUAAAUGUCGUUAUGGAUUUGAAGGUGACAUGUGUGAUAUCCCAAUUACAAGUCCCAUCAAAACAAGUGAUGUUCCCUUCCUUCCAACUACACCAAGCGGAUCAAAUAAUGCUGGACUUAUUGUUGGCGUCGUGUCAAUCAUUCUCAUCACCAUUGUCAUUGCAAUCAUAAUUUAUUACAGACGAAGACUAAAAAGAUUAAAAAGAGAACUUGCUGUUGUCCAGUACACAGCUAAUCCAUCAACAACAGACAACUGGAAAUCUCUGUCUUGUGUCAGGGAUGAUUCAAAGAGUCAUAUGUUGAAAGGUAAAUGUGACAGGAAAUCACAAUGCAUUUGGCAACUCAGUGUUAUAUGUAGAGUGAAUGUUGUAGGAUGAUCAGCAAUAUUUGGU